GAAUGUGGCAAAGAAGGCGCGUGUUGCACCCCAAAAUUUGCCCUCUUUAUUGGUGCUAUAAGUUAUCAAAGACGUUUAUUUCGUCAUUCAAAAAUUGAAGAAAAAUAAUAAAGAGUUUUCAUGGGUUUAUGAAGAUAAGGUGUGAAAAAUGGUUUAAACGGUGUAAAUACGAGAAAAUUCAUAAGUCUUAUCUGGAAGAUGAUAUGAGCCGAGUUCCCGCGGGUCCCCGACUGUUUCGACGAUAUCUACAACUUUCGUGUUUGGUUCGAAAGCCAAUUCUUCGAGGAAGGUGGUCAGAUUUAUAAAUUUCUGGAGAUUUCACAGUGAAAAAUGGUGCUGAACCGCAGGUUUUCGGACAGUAAAAAAUUCAUAUCUCCUAAUCCGCCAGUCGGAUUCGCUUGAAAAUUUAACUGGGGAUCCGUGCCAUCAUUACCAAGAUUUCAUAUGUUCGGACCAUCGGCCGAUUAUGCACCAAAAAUGCCCAGCAUGUUAAGGAACGUCGCAAUCUUUCAGUAAAAAGUGUGUUUUCGGGUAUGUCGCGCCGAGUUCGAAAAUUCAUAACUCCUUCUAUUUUUAUCGUAUGAAGUCCAUUCCGGCGGCAUUCACUCGGAAAUUUCGUUAUCUUCGAUUCUUCGUCACACGUGCUAAGUCAGAUUUCGAGCCGAAGUUUGAGCUUUAUCACGUUCUCUGAACGGUACUCGCAAAAUUCUGCACAGUCGCACCAGAUGAACCGAUUUUUCUCGUCAUUCAAACGCGCAUAAUUUCCUCACCCUUUGUCGGAUUGAGACGAUUCUCGCGGCUACGGGUCACAAAUUUGAUCAUCUUCACAGUGACGUUCGUUUUGUUUCCAAAUUUCGCACCGAUUCACGUUUCCUCGAAAACGAGCAAAAAAGAGAUACGUCGAGGACAUUUUUGACAUUUCAUCAUUCACACUAUAUAAGUCAUUUUCCCUCCUUUUCUUUCAUAACUUCAAAUUCACCCAAAAUCUCAUAAACUUUUUCUCUCAAUUCUCUCUCAAAUUCUUUGAAUCAAAACCACAAAUACUCAUAAAAUUCAAACAAUUCAUCAAUCAAAAAAUGGAUCAAACUUAAGAACAAAGUAAGAAUUAGAAGCAAUUUUCAUUGUCCCCUCCGAUCAACACCGCUACGAUUCCGUUUCCGCUCAGAUCCUCGCCGGUAUUCCACCACCAAGCCACUGGCCAGCCGUGACUGCCACCGGUGAGCCUCCGCCAUCGCCGCGCCGUUCACGGUUUCCGACCGUCGUUCGCUUCCAUUUUUGAUCGUGCUCGGAGUGAUCUCUUCCUCUCCACUUCAUGAUUUGUGCGGCCUUGACGUAACUGUCUUCGCAAUCGAUCUUCGUUCCUCUUCAUUUUCGGUAAUCGCCUUUAACUCUUAAUUGCUUCAUGUUACUGCUUGUUGUUGUUUGAGCCAAUUUAAUGAUGAUGUUCUUGAAUGAGAGCGGAUGAGGAUAUAUUGUUUAAAGAGUUGACAAAUUGUUGUAGUAUAAUUAUGUUUGUUGAUGGAAAUUAAUUGGUGAAAGUUGUGGUUUGUUGAUGGAAGUUAUUGAUAAUAAUUGUAUAGUUGGAUCGAUUUGCUGCUGUUAUAUUCAUGAGAUAGUGGUUGUAGAAAUUAUGCACACUACAUGUUUGAUAAGAUGAUCCAAUUAAUAUGUUGGUAUUUUGGUGUGGUUGCGAUGAGGUUUAAGUGAAUAUUGCCGAGAAAUUGAUUGGUCAUAGGGUACAAUUUGCUUAGUCGAAUGUAGUUCAUGAAGUAUUGAUAAAGUGGAUGAUUGGGUGCUGUGUUUCAAAGACUAUGCAUGAUUUUUAAUUGAUGACAUGAGCUACAAAAUGCUGGAAACUUCCUUAAGAAUGUUGCUUGUUCAGGAGAGAUGUUGAGUUCUAACUAUUAAAAGUGGGGAAUCACAUGUGUGUUUAAUUUUUGAAUGUUUGAGUAUGAAUUUGAGUUUGAUUGAUGAUAGAACAAGCGGCUGGAAGUUCAAAUGGGGAUGAUACUUGAAUAUGCUUAAUGCUAUUUGAAAAUACUUCACAAAAUAAGAGAAUUAGUAUUGGUUAUGUUUGUUGCUUUACCACUUAGAAACCAUACUUUUAUGCUUAAAUUUCACUUGCAAAUAUAUGUCUUUGUGUGCCAAUUAAUUUGAGUUGUUGCAUUGAAUUUAGACAUUGUUUUUUUGAAACUUUUUGGGACUGUUUUAGUGUGAUAUAGUGCAGUCAAUUUCCAUGUUCAUAUUACAUUACACAUCACUUCCUCUAAUGCAUAAAAUUUAGUUUUAAAAAAAAGAGAUUUUGUCAUAAACUUUGUGGUAUUGUUUGUUGUGUGUUUAAGUAAUAAUUGGUAAUGAUGUCUUGUUGCUAACUUGAAUAAAUGAUGAUGCUGAAAGUUUGUCAAGAAUGUGUGGUGAUGAUAGUAUUGGUGGUGUGCUGCAUUUUUGUUUGUCCUUACUGUUUGAAUAUGAUUGUCACCAUGGAUGAAAGCCUAAUGAAUAAAUGUAGCAGUUGCUGAAUUGGAGCUUAUUAGUAGUAAGACUUGAUUGUUUGGAAGUGAAAUAUAGAUUUUAAUUGUGUUGGAUGUUGGUGGUUAAGAUCAUGAUUCACCAUUGUGUUCAUUACUUGAUUGUUUGGAAGUGAAAUAUAGAUUUUAAUUGUGUCAAAUGAGUGCUGAAAAUUACUUGUCAAUUGUUGCUCUUGAAGGAAAAAAUGGUCAUAACUUGUGUUGGUAGAAAAAUGCUUGAAGAAACUUUUAUUACUUGUUGGUGAUGCAUGCUUGUGGUUGUGAGAUAUUGUGUGAUGCUUGAGUUGUGACACGGUUGCUGAUACUUGCUAUUUCAAAAUGUGAAGACAAAUGGUUAUGCAUAUCUUGUUUGUUGUUGUGAGUUUAACAUGAAAAUCCAAGGAAAUAUGGCUAAGUCUUGUUUUUGCUAUUUGAUUCAAAAUGUUGGAAACUACUUGUUUGUUUGAACUCAAUUAGUAAAUGGACUUUUGUUGCAUGUUUGUUGUUAGCAAGUGAAUUUAUGUGCUGAAUAUUGUGUGUGCUCGUCAAGAAAAUCUCCAAAUUUCACAAAUAGACGUAACGCGUCGGGUUUAAUUGAAAAUACCAAAUCUUUUGAAUCGCUUAGAGUUUUUUAGCACAUGAAUAAUGUUUCUUGAGUGGAAUAAUGUUUUUGGAGCUGUUUGCACAGUUUAUUUUCGAUUUUGACCGACUUUUUUUACCGUUUUCGCUACUGCCCCUGUUCCGAAAGUCGUGCUUCCGAGCCGAUUUUGUAAAUUCUGAUUGCAUAUUUGACUUCUUUAGCACGUUUUAACUUUGUAAUAAAAUUUUGGAUUAGUUCUGACGAGUUUAGUUUUCACUAUUUUUACCCGGUUUUGCCGUUUCGGUGUACUGUUGUGCAUGUAAAUACUUGCUUUUGCUUCCGUAGUUUUGGUGUACAUAUUUGAUUGGCUUUUGAAUACUAUCCCAUGUUUCUUCUUGUUUGCUUUUGUUAUGUUUUCACUUUCUAUUCUGUCAUCCAUUUCCGGUUUAGCUUAUAAUUCAAUAACGCAAUUCCGAUUGCGGUGUUUUGUUAUCUCUAACGUGUGUGCUAGUAUGCAAGGCAACAUGGAGGCUCUGGUCGAUACCCGCUCUCGUGUUCCGCUUUAUUUACGGGACACGACAUUUAUCCUCUCUCUGAUUCGCGUUUCUACACGCAUCCUUUAUCAUUAUGCUUGCUUGUCCGGAUUUCUGUUUCCCUUGCAGGUGUAUGGUAUUUGUUGUGCCCGAUGCACACGUUGGCGCGUGAUUUACUUUCAUCGCGUCGACUCUUGAUUGCUUAUGCGGAGUUUAAUCGGAGUGCUGACAUGUUUGCCGUUGCUUUUGCUAGCUUGCUUGCGGGAUAUCUAGUUUUCUUGCUCUCGUCGCUAUAGUUUACGGAUCAUCAUCCGUUUGGUAUUGAUUCCGUUUCAUUUUAUUUCUCUCGCAUUUUAUCGCUUUCUCGCAUCAUCCUUUAACAUGAGAAGUAGGACUUAGACAUGCAUCUGGCCAAGCCCUCGAAAGAGGCUCUGUUUUUGUUUGUGUGUUUACAUUUGUGCUUUGCGGCAGGGAGUCACGGUGUAAUAAGUCCUAUAUGGCACUCCGUUAAGUCCUCAUGGAAGGCAUGCGGAAAGGGUUAGCAAUCAACCCCCGCCUAGUCUCAUCGAGUCUGUUCAUUAUGCGCACGCUACGCGUUGCUCGCUUCUGAACCUGCACAAGAUCUUGUUAUCGAGUAUGUCAGGAAAAGGGUUCAUGUAGCCGGACCCCCGCCUUUCUUAUAGCUCGCGUCGCUCGACGUUGAUGCUCGGUGUACGCACGCACCGUUUUCCUUUACGAUCCGUGACGGCUUGGUUGCUGAGAGGGGUCCGCCCUCUUGUCUAUGGCCCGAUCAUUUUCGCGAGGUCUAAUGCUUGGUUGACUUGGGUUGAGCUGCUCCCCUUGGCUAUGGCGGGACCGCUUUUCUACCACUCGGUCAGUACCGUUGGUUUGUUUGCUUCACGAGUGGAUGCUCGUUUGUGUGCUAUACUUGUUUGCUUUCGUUUUCCCCCCGUAGGUUGAUAGUUUAGCUUAGAUUUGCACCCUUUGUAUGAUAACAUUAGGUAGCAAGCUUUCCCCCUUAACUUAGGUCUUCCUCAUGCAUUCUUUAAAACACAAACCACUCUUUGAUUUUCUUUUCUUAAGAACUUGUUAUUUCCGCUCCAUUCCCAAGCAUAAGUCUCCAAAGGUCGAGCAGCGGAGUGUGAAUGUAACUCGUUCACCUAAAAAACACAAAACAAACAAAAAUUAGUUAGCCGAGCUACGGUAGCUCUGAUUCUGCAAAACAGAUACGUAGGCAGCGGGGUAGGGCCCGUGCGAGCAUAACUCUUUCUUUUCCCUACAUUCUGCAUUCAUUUUAGUCCAGAUUAGCGCAUUUUGCUUACACACCCAUAGGUUUAGACACAGGCGUGGAUACCAUCGAGUACGAUGGGCGCGUCGGGUGCUAACACCUUCCCCUCGCGUAACCGACUCCCUUACCCUUUUUCUCUGGUCGUGAGACCGUUGUUUUGUUUUGUGGUUUGCUGGCAUUCCCUUCCUUUUCAGGAUAAAUAUGUUAGUGGCGACUCUGUCAAUUUUCGCGGGUAGCGACAGCUGGCGACUCUGCUGGGGACGUCUUGACCUGUUGCUGGUCCGGACCUAGCGAGUCGAUCCUAGCGCUUGUGUGUUUAUCUUUGGGUGUUUUUACUGCUUUGCAUAUUUAUCUGUUUGCAUUGCAUUCUAUGUGCGCUUUUACUUUUCUGCGUCAUAUUCUGGACUGUCUGGAUUUCUAUCUGUGGGUGGGUGUUUCAAGAGGUAAAAGGCCCAAUACCCAGGCUAUGAGUGAUACCAUAGGAACUAGGAAUAGAGUGGCCGUGACGGACAGAAGGCGUAUGCCUGAUUGAUCUGAUCACGUAUCCACGGGCAGAGCUUGGUGGAAUGAGGCAAUAUCGUAUGAUAGCGCCUACAUUCGAUCCUCUGUUGGCUUUUUGACCUACCCUGGCCUAGAUUUACCCGUGAGUGGGGCGGGAAUCAAUCAUUGCUUAACAGGUACAUUGAUGGUGACUUUGGUUCUUGAUCGAGGGUUACCGCUGUUCUUGUUCGAGGGUUACCAUGGUUCUUGUUCGAGGGCUACUGUGGUUCUUGUUCGAGUGGUUUUGUUCCUGUUAUGAUGACUAUGGUUCUGUUUCUAUUGAUUAUGGCUCGUGAUCUAUGGGGAGUUCCGAAUUAGUGCCGAACCUUUGAACCUGUGCCGUGUGAUUUCUCGGCAUCCCAGAUAUAUCCAGUAUUGUGGUUCCCACCACUUUGCAUCAUUGCAUAUUUACUUUCCAAAAAAUGAUGUACAAAAAAUAACUAGCAUACAUGUUCCUUCCAUUUCCAAGGAAUCAUAUCUUUAAGUCUCAUGUCGAGCUUUUCCAUCUCUUGCUUGCCAAAAAUCAAAACAUGAGGAUUCCUUGGAAAUUGAAUGAACAUGGCAUUGCAUUCAUAUCAUGCAUCUCAUACAUUCCAUGCAUAACAGGUGUUCAAGAUCAAGGGUCUCUUAUUCAGACUUGGUACUCUCACCAGACUCAGAGACUUGAUUGGUUCUUAUUGUAUGUUCAAAGAUCGGUCAUGGAACUUUGUGGGACGAUCAAGAGGAAAGUUCAGUUGUGGUUCUUUUCGAAGACUUAUCUUAUGCUCAUUUGCUUCCAUGCUUGCUUUAUUUGCAACUGGUUAAGCUCCGUAUUGUGUGGAUGUCUACAUAUUCUUUGCUUGAUGACGAUGGCACUAGGUGUGAAUUCUAUCUUGGGGCACCUAGUCGUGAUGUCGAGAUCUACAAGUCUUUGAAAUUGCUUGGGGCUCCCGCACGAGGGAUAAGCAAGACCUUGUCUAUCUUGAGCAUUGUAUCAUUUGCAUUGCUCGAAUCCCUAAAGCACUUACAAAUUCCGUGUGACUUCGCAAGAAUCUUCCGCCAGACAGUAAUCAACAGUGGCUCACAUAGACACCUCUUAUUCUCAAGGUUCUGCUUCACAUCCUGAGUUACCUCUUCCCGGAGUUUAUUGUUCAGUAGCCUUUGAUUGUCAACAGAGACGGAAAGAGUAAGAAGUAAGUUGAUUUAAUCCCCAUGCCUGGUGUUCAGUUGCUUUCCUGCUUGAUGGAAUUUCAGUCGGUUAAGAUUUGUUGCUUUGGAUCUUCCUCACCACAAACUGCUCUCCUGAUUUCGAUGAUAAGACUCAUUGUUUUCCAUUCUGGGGCACCUAAUCAUAAUGUCAAGUCUUACAAGGUGUUGAGGUACAAAGAUUCCAGGACUUGAUCGAUACAGAGAUGUUUGGUUCAUUCAUAAUGGUUCCUACCGGUUAAUCCCAUUUCAUCUGCUGCAAGUAGAAGGUUUGUUCUUCCUCGAGGAAGUAACUCAUGAGAAUCACUUGCAAUUGGUACUACUAGAGGCUUCCUUCUCAACAAAUGUUGUGUGUUCCAAGUAAUGACUUUGAUAGCCAAGCACCAGAGGUUAUUGUUGUUCGCUGAUAGUAAUACAAGUUUUCUCCAUUAAUGAUGGUGAUUUUUGUUCCAGCAGCUAUAUUUAGGGCUCCCGACCGAGGGAUAAGCAAGACUCCGUGUUCUUGAGUUCGCAUCACUGGCAGCUCAAAUCCCUAAAGCAUUCACGAACUCCAGUCGCUAUAUUUGGGGCUCCCGAUCGAGGGAUAAGCAAGACGCCUUGUAUCUUGAGUUUGUGCACCACUGGCACGACUCAAAUCCCUAAAGCUGAGCACUUACAACUAUGGUAUAGCUUUGCUGAAAUCUUCUUCCAGGAAGUAAAUCUAAAGUGUUCUACAGGAACAUAUGCUAACGCUUGGUGUGUUUUCCACUAUGAGGGCAUUUAGUUAUAUGAUUGGAGAUUGUAAGUCAUUCAAAGACAAGGUUCAAGACCUGAUUGACUCAAAGGCUAUCACAUUCGCACCUGAAGGCUAGAAUUGAAGUUCUCCUUUGACUCAGCGGAUCUUCUGAAGCAAUAAGUCCAUACGGAGAGGAUCUCCUCAAUGUUGGCAAUUCCUAAAUUCAUCAUGCAUGUUCAUGUUUAAUCUUUCUUGCUUUGGCAAUACUGUUUGUAUGUAAAACUUGUUUGUUUUCGAACUAUAAUCAUAAUGCAUUGGAUAUGUUUGUCUUGAAAAAAUCCAUUCGCUUUUUGCUCUUAUAUGUUUUUCUAUGCUUUUUGUGAUACUCAACUCUUGUUAAUAAAGCAUGAUAACUCUGAAGGGAGAAUGAUGAACAUAAUACUAAAAACCUCAAAUGGUAUGCUUUUGAGUAGAACCCUGUUGAUGAUGUACAGGCAUUGUUUCAAAUUCCCAAACACUGGAGAUAUAAGGGAGUGAAACCUUCGUUAACCCCUCUGAGCCUUCGAAGUAGGAGUUUCUUUUCUAUUAAAAAAACCCUUAUUUUUAACCCAGGGGCCGGGUAGUGUUCAGUUAACCUGGUUGAGCAUUCAAAAUUCAUCAGGAGUGUGCACUUAAGGAUACAACAAUGGUUAUCCCUCGCAUCAGGAGGACGAAACGUCAAAACCACAACGGUUAUCCCUCACCUCAGGAGGUUGAGACAUCAAAAUUAUUCCUCACCUCCGGAGGUUGAGACCAACAUCAGAGUCGCGGUGGUUAUCCCUCAUAUCGUAAGGUUAAACGAUGAGGAUACCACAAUGGUAAUUCUUCAUCUACCAAGAAUUCAGGCAGUCACAAUCACUUCAAACAAAUCAGAGGUAGUGCGGGAUCACACGACUUGUCAAAAAAAAAGGAAAGAAAAAAAAGGGAAAGAAAGAAAGAAAGAAAAAAAGGAAAAAAGAGAAAGAAAAAAAAGAGAAAGAAAAAAAGGAAAAAAGAGGAAAUGAUAAUGAAAUUGUUAAUCAAGAACAAAGUCGUGUGAUCGGACACCAAAAACGAAAGGUAAAGUGAUUGUCGUGUCCAAAUACCUCUUUGACUCCUUAAAUAUCUCAAGUUCUUCUUGAAAGAUGAAUGCUCGUGUCAAGUUAACUGAACUUAGGACUGGAGAACAUCAUGAAGGGGGUGGGAACCAAAUAACUUUGAGCCUAAAAAUCCUUUUUUCAAAAAAAACCGUGAACUUGGCCACGUUACAACCCUUAAAAGUCCUAAUUGAAGCAGGGUUAAUUCGAAAGCAAACUAUACACGAGAAUACGGUAAGCUGACUCCUAGGAGAUCCGCUAAGCGCUUGAGUUGGUAUCACACCAUCUUUCUUUCAAAAAAACUCGAUGUUACGACAUCCUUUCAAAAAAGUUUCUUUAAACUUCGAGACAAACAUACUCUUUGCAUUAGAAUUAUAUUUCUCAUAAUAAACAUUCUUUGCAUAUGAACAAGUGCUUAACAUCAAGAAAGUUUCCAUCAUGAACUUCAGAUGAAACGUUUAUCCUCCCGAAGGACAAGUUGUCUUCCGAACUCCGUUGAGUAGAGGCAGCAAUAUUUCAAAGUCUGAUCACCCUCAUGGGCAUAGAAGCAUUUGAAUACUCUAUCAAGUAAGUUUUCAAUCAAUCUGAGGCAAUCAGGUCAAGAUUAGAAGAAUCUCUCAAAGUGCUAAGCAAUCAGGGGCACUCACCCAAGCACAUUUGAAGCUAGCUACAACACUGAUCAAUCAGGGCACGGUUUCAAAGUUCACGAUACUGGGGCAAGUCAGUUUGAUGUGAACAAAUCUCAAAAGGUCCUUACAAGACAAAUUUCUUCAAAGUCCUUACAGGCUGGGGCAAGACACUAUGCAUUGGCAUUUUAUCCUCAUCAGGAGGUGUUCAGUUUAAAGUUCAGGUGUGAGCUAAACAACUUAUGAACUUGAGAACCAUCAGGGUCGUCAUCCUCAAUGGUCUGAAGCUGAAAGUCCAAUCUUCAGUGGCAUCUUUGCAUUUCAGUGUGAUUUUCAAAUCUCUUCCAGAGGUUACAAGCGUUGGUUAUUGGUAUACCUCAACCAGAGUCCUGUUAUGUGGACAUCGAAGUCCUUUGCUUUCCGACCCUCGAGUCGUGAGUUUCCAACCCUCGUGUUGUGAUUCCUUUGCUUUCCGACCCUCGAGUCGUGAGUUUCCAACCCUCGUGUUGUAAUUCCCUUGCUUUCCGACCCUCGUAUCGUGAGUGUGAUUCCUUUGCUUUCCGACCCUCGAGUCGUGAGUUUGAUGAGUUUCCAACCCUCGUGUUGUGAGUCCUUUGCUUUCCGACCCUCGAGUCGUGAGUUUCCAACCCUCGUGUUGUGAGUCCUUUGCUUUCCGACCCUCGAGUCGUGAGUUUAUCUCCUUUCCGACCCUCGCGUCGUGAGUUUAUCUCCUUUCCGACCCUCGUGUCGUGAGUUUACCUCCUUUCCGACCCUCGCGUCGUGAGUUUAUCUCCUUUCCGACCCUCGCGUCGUGAGUUUAUCUCCUUUCCGACCCUCGCGUCGUGAGUUUACCUCCUUUCCGACCCUCGCGUCGUGAGUUUACCUCCUUUCCGACCCUCGCGUCGUGAGUUUACCUCCUUUCCGACCCUCGCGUCGUGAGUUUACCUCCUUUCCGACCCUCGAGUCGUGAGUUUAUCUCCUUUCCGACCCUCGCGUCGUGAGUUUAUCUCCUUUCCGACCCUCGCGUCGUGAGUUUAUCUCCUUUCCGACCCUCGCGUCGUGAGUUUACCUCCUUUCCGACCCUCGUGUCGUGAGUUUAUCUCAUUUCCGACCCUCGAGUCGUGAGUAUAUCUUUUUGCCGACCCUCGUGUCGUGAGUCUAUCUCCUUUCUGACCUUCGUGUCAUGGAUUUCCAACAGUUGCAGAUAGUUGUCAUAUACACUCCAAUGUGUCUGUAGGCCCAUUACUUUAUUAGCAUCUUUACAAUCAACACGAAUAUGCAGAACUAUGAAAGCCAAUGUCUGUUUGGUCCCUUUGAAGUCAACACUUGCUUGACCCAUUAAUCCCACUUGUUGGUGGUGUUCCCUUGAAGGGCUAAUUCUUGUUUGAUGCUCCGGCCGAUACUUGUUUGGUGUUCUAAUCAUUGCUUGCCUAUCAGCUCAUUGAAUCCAGUGCCUGUAUGGAAAGUUUCAAAGCCAAGAUGGCUGACAAUCUAUUUGCUCUUGCAUUUACCCAUUGUGGGUGAGCAUUACCGUUCUCUGCCAUGUGAGGAGACCCUGUGAAAGAUGUCAUGCUAUAUCCUGGGGCAUUUUCAUUUGUUUGUCUCGCAGGUACGUCCUUGCAAGCGCUUUGCAUCAACAUGUUGGCGGACCUAGCCAUGAGAGAUUCUCACUCCCCAGACGAGUGUUUCCUAACGAGAGAUUCUCAUUCCCCAGUGGAUUACAUUCAGAUGAGACUUUCUUUGUUCCAAGAUUCUCAUUUCCUCAGUAAAGCACAUCUUGAUGCAUUCUCCAUGCUACAGAAGUCUUGUUCCCGGUGGAAUGUCUUCUCCCCAGUUGAAUCAUGAUAGAAUGGUAUCUGAUUCCCCAGCAGGCUCUUAAUGAGGUCUCUUGCCCGAAUUCCUCGUUCUCCCCAGUAGAGGUUUUCUCCCCCCAACAGAUUGACUUGUUUUCCCCGAGAGAGUCAUCUUAUUCCCUAGUGGAGUUGUCUUAACAAAAGGUUCUUACGCUAAGUUCCUUAUCCCCAGCGGAUCUCUCAUAUCCUUAGCAGAUCAUUGUGCAGAGGUAUUCAUCUUCCCCACUGAGUUUUCUUCCCUCAGUAAAGAUUCACAUGCAUCCACAGCAGGAUCUGUUCUCAUCUAGAACUUCCCCAGCGGAAUGCGUCCUACACCAGCAGGUUGUUCACUCCUCCCCAGAGUUAUCUCCACGACUUACUCUUAUCUCCUCAUCCCCAGAAUGUCGAGAAUUUGCUUCUCCAGAGAAGUUUCCAGGGUGUUCCCUAAGCAGUUAAUUGGGAUGUUCUACUCCCCAAGCAGGAUUUGAUUUCCCAAUCAGAGCUCGCGUCCAGAUUUGGUCGUCUCCAGCAGAUUUCUGAUCCAUCUUUGCCAGCUCACGGUUUGUGACUUCGGGCACGUAUCUUGUCCUCCCCGCAGAGUUCUAUGCUCUCUCCAGGACUUCUUCAGCAAUUCAGUGCUCCUCCGCUGUUUCCCUAAGCAGCGUCUGAAUCAUGCAUCAUUUGCAUAGCAUUCUCAAAAGCGUGUAGCGUCUUCCUUCUCCGGAACGUUAUUCUAUAAAAAGUCAUACAUGCAUCAUGCAUAAAGCAUAUCAUAUUUGUUUCUUUCUGCAGGAAAGUUAUCCACAUUCAAAUGUCUCCCAGAGAGCAACUCGCCUAAUCAUUACAGGCGCUCAUCCUGAUGUUUAAAUCAGAAGAAGUUUGUCUCCCUCUCCCUGAAAUUGUCAGAUCAGAUGACGACUUACUUAUUCUCGAUGCCCAGAUCAAUUGAAGUUUUUUCUCCCUGCCUACGGGGUGGUACAUUCCUUCUUAUUACAAGAUGGAAUCUUCUAUUGAUCAAGAGCGCAAAUUUUCGAGUUCAUUCUGGUAUUCAAUCUCCUUCCACCUUAACGGUUCGAAACUUUCGUUUCUCACUCGUCAGGUUCAAGAAGUUUGAAUAGGGGCAGCUGUUGCACCCCAAAAUUUGCCCUCUUUAUUGGUGCUAUAAGUUAUCAAAGACGUUUAUUUCGUCAUUCAAAAAUUGAAGAAAAAUAAUAAAGAGUUUUCAUGGGUUUAUGAAGAUAAGGUGUGAAAAAUGGUUUAAACGGUGUAAAUACGAGAAAAUUCAUAAGUCUUAUCUGGAAGAUGAUAUGAGCCGAGUUCCCGCGGGUCCCCGACUGUUUCGACGAUAUCUACAACUUUCGUGUUUGGUUCGAAAGCCAAUUCUUCGAGGAAGGUGGUCAGAUUUAUAAAUUUCUGGAGAUUUCACAGUGAAAAAUGGUGCUGAACCGCAGGUUUUCGGACAGUAAAAAAUUCAUAUCUCCUAAUCCGCCAGUCGGAUUCGCUUGAAAAUUUAACUGGGGAUCCGUGCCAUCAUUACCAAGAUUUCAUAUGUUCGGACCAUCGGCCGAUUAUGCACCAAAAAUGCCCAGCAUGUUAAGGAACGUCGCAAUCUUUCAGUAAAAAGUGUGUUUUCGGGUAUGUCGCGCCGAGUUCGAAAAUUCAUAACUCCUUCUAUUUUUAUCGUAUGAAGUCCAUUCCGGCGGCAUUCACUCGGAAAUUUCGUUAUCUUCGAUUCUUCGUCACACGUGCUAAGUCAGAUUUCGAGCCGAAGUUUGAGCUUUAUCACGUUCUCUGAACGGUACUCGCAAAAUUCUGCACAGUCGCACCAGAUGAACCGAUUUUUCUCGUCAUUCAAACGCGCAUAAUUUCCUCACCCUUUGUCGGAUUGAGACGAUUCUCGCGGCUACGGGUCACAAAUUUGAUCAUCUUCACAGUGACGUUCGUUUUGUUUCCAAAUUUCGCACCGAUUCACGUUUCCUCGAAAACGAGCAAAAAAGAGAUACGUCGAGGACAUUUUUGACAUUUCAUCAUUCACACUAUAUAAGUCAUUUUCCCUCCUUUUCUUUCAUAACUUCAAAUUCACCCAAAAUCUCAUAAACUUUUUCUCUCAAUUCUCUCUCAAAUUCUUUGAAUCAAAACCACAAAUACUCAUAAAAUUCAAACAAUUCAUCAAUCAAAAAAUGGAUCAAACUUAAGAACAAAGUAAGAAUUAGAAGCAAUUUUCAUUGUCCCCUCCGAUCAACACCGCUACGAUUCCGUUUCCGCUCAGAUCCUCGCCGGUAUUCCACCACCAAGCCACUGGCCAGCCGUGACUGCCACCGGUGAGCCUCCGCCAUCGCCGCGCCGUUCACGGUUUCCGACCGCCGUUCGCUUCCAUUUUUGAUCGUGCUCGGAGUGAUCUCUUCCUCUCCACUUCAUGAUUUGUGCGGCCUUGACGUAACUGUCUUCGCAAUCGAUCUUCGUUCCUCUUCAUUUUCGGUAAUCGCCUUUAACUCUUAAUUGCUUCAUGUUACUGCUUGUUGUUGUUUGAGCCAAUUUAAUGAUGAUGUUCUUGAAUGAGAGCGGAUGAGGAUAUAUUGUUUAAAGAGUUGACAAAUUGUUGUAGUAUAAUUAUGUUUGUUGAUGGAAAUUAAUUGGUGAAAGUUGUGGUUUGUUGAUGGAAGUUAUUGAUAAUAAUUGUAUAGUUGGAUCGAUUUGCUGCUGUUAUAUUCAUGAGAUAGUGGUUGUAGAAAUUAUGCACACUACAUGUUUGAUAAGAUGAUCCAAUUAAUAUGUUGGUAUUUUGGUGUGGUUGCGAUGAGGUUUAAGUGAAUAUUGCCGAGAAAUUGAUUGGUCAUAGGGUACAAUUUGCUUAGUCGAAUGUAGUUCAUGAAGUAUUGAUAAAGUGGAUGAUUGGGUGCUGUGUUUCAAAGACUAUGCAUGAUUUUUAAUUGAUGACAUGAGCUACAAAAUGCUGGAAACUUCCUUAAGAAUGUUGCUUGUUCAGGAGAGAUGUUGAGUUCUAACUAUUAAAAGUGGGGAAUCACAUGUGUGUUUAAUUUUUGAAUGUUUGAGUAUGAAUUUGAGUUUGAUUGAUGAUAGAACAAGCGGCUGGAAGUUCAAAUGGGGAUGAUACUUGAAUAUGCUUAAUGCUAUUUGAAAAUACUUCACAAAAUAAGAGAAUUAGUAUUGGUUAUGUUUGUUGCUUUACCACUUAGAAACCAUACUUUUAUGCUUAAAUUUCACUUGCAAAUAUAUGUCUUUGUGUGCCAAUUAAUUUGAGUUGUUGCAUUAAAUUUAGACAUUGUUUUUUUGAAACUUUUUGGGACUGUUUUAGUGUGAUAUAGUGCAGUCAAUUUCCAUGUUCAUAUUACAUUACACAUCACUUCCUCUAAUGCAUAAAAUUUAGUUUUAAAAAAAAGAGAUUUUGUCAUAAACUUUGUGGUAUUGUUUGUUGUGUGUUUAAGUAAUAAUUGGUAAUGAUGUCUUGUUGCUAACUUGAAUAAAUGAUGAUGCUGAAAGUUUGUCAAGAAUGUGUGGUGAUGAUAGUAUUGGUGGUGUGCUGCAUUUUUGUUUGUCCUUACUGUUUGAAUAUGAUUGUCACCAUGGAUGAAAGCCUAAUGAAUAAAUGUAGCAGUUGCUGAAUUGGAGCUUAUUAGUAGUAAGACUUGAUUGUUUGGAAGUGAAAUAUAGAUUUUAAUUGUGUUGGAUGUUGGUGGUUAAGAUCAUGAUUCACCAUUGUGUUCAUUACUUGAUUGUUUGGAAGUGAAAUAUAGAUUUUAAUUGUGUCAAAUGAGUGCUGAAAAUUACUUGUCAAUUGUUGCUCUUGAAGGAAAAAAUGGUCAUAACUUGUGUUGGUAGAAAAAUGCUUGAAGAAACUUUUAUUACUUGUUGGUGAUGCAUGCUUGUGGUUGUGAGAUAUUGUGUGAUGCUUGAGUUGUGACACGGUUGCUGAUACUUGCUAUUUCAAAAUGUGAAGACAAAUGGUUAUGCAUAUCUUGUUUGUUGUUGUGAGUUUAACAUGAAAAUCCAAGGAAAUAUGGCUAAGUCUUGUUUUUGCUAUUUGAUUCAAAAUGUUGGAAACUACUUGUUUGUUUGAACUCAAUUAGUAAAUGGACUUUUGUUGCAUGUUUGUUGUUAGCAAGUGAAUUUAUGUGCUGAAUAUUGUGUGUGCUCGUCAAGAAAAUCUCCAAAUUUCACAAAUAGACGUAACGCGUCGGGUUUAAUUGAAAAUACCAAAUCUUUUGAAUCGCUUAGAGUUUUUUAGCACAUGAAUAAUGUUUCUUGAGUGGAAUAAUGUUUUUGGAGCUGUUUGCACAGUUUAUUUUCGAUUUUGACCGACUUUUUUUACCGUUUUCGCUACUGCCCCUGUUCCGAAAGUCGUGCUUCCGAGCCGAUUUUGUAAAUUCUGAUUGCAUAUUUGACUUCUUUAGCACGUUUUAACUUUGUAAUAAAAUUUUGGAUUAGUUCUGACGAGUUUAGUUUUCACUAUUUUUACCCGGUUUUGCCGUUUCGGUGUACUGUUGUGCAUGUAAAUACUUGCUUUUGCUUCCGUAGUUUUGGUGUACAUAUUUGAUUGGCUUUUGAAUACUAUCCCAUGUUUCUUCUUGUUUGCUUUUGUUAUGUUUUCACUUUCUAUUCUGUCAUCCAUUUCCGGUUUAGCUUAUAAUUCAAUAACGCAAUUCCGAUUGCGGUGUUUUGUUAUCUCUAACGUGUGUGCUAGUAUGCAAGGCAACAUGGAGGCUCUGGUCGAUACCCGCUCUCGUGUUCCGCUUUAUUUACGGGACACGACAUUUAUCCUCUCUCUGAUUCGCGUUUCUACACGCAUCCUUUAUCAUUAUGCUUGCUUGUCCGGAUUUCUGUUUCCCUUGCAGGUGUAUGGUAUUUGUUGUGCCCGAUGCACACGUUGGCGCGUGAUUUACUUUCAUCGCGUCGACUCUUGAUUGCUUAUGCGGAGUUUAAUCGGAGUGCUGACAUGUUUGCCGUUGCUUUUGCUAGCUUGCUUGCGGGAUAUCUAGUUUUCUUGCUCUCGUCGCUAUAGUUUACGGAUCAUCAUCCGUUUGGUAUUGAUUCCGUUUCAUUUUAUUUCUCUCGCAUUUUAUCGCUUUCUCGCAUCAUCCUUUAACAUGAGAAGUAGGACUUAGACAUGCAUCUGGCCAAGCCCUCGAAAGAGGCUCUGUUUUUGUUUGUGUGUUUACAUUUGUGCUUUGCGGCAGGGAGUCACGGUGUAAUAAGUCCUAUAUGGCACUCCGUUAAGUCCUCAUGGAAGGCAUGCGGAAAGGGUUAGCAAUCAACCCCCGCCUAGUCUCAUCGAGUCUGUUCAUUAUGCGCACGCUACGCGUUGCUCGCUUCUGAACCUGCACAAGAUCUUGUUAUCGAGUAUGUCAGGAAAAGGGUUCAUGUAGCCGGACCCCCGCCUUUCUUAUAGCUCGCGUCGCUCGACGUUGAUGCUCGGUGUACGCACGCACCGUUUUCCUUUACGAUCCGUGACGGCUUGGUUGCUGAGAGGGGUCCGCCCUCUUGUCUAUGGCCCGAUCAUUUUCGCGAGGUCUAAUGCUUGGUUGACUUGGGUUGAGCUGCUCCCCUUGGCUAUGGCGGGACCGCUUUUCUACCACUCGGUCAGUACCGUUGGUUUGUUUGCUUCACGAGUGGAUGCUCGUUUGUGUGCUAUACUUGUUUGCUUUCGUUUUCCCCCCGUAGGUUGAUAGUUUAGCUUAGAUUUGCACCCUUUGUAUGAUAACAUUAGGUAGCAAGCUUUCCCCCUUAACUUAGGUCUUCCUCAUGCAUUCUUUAAAACACAAACCACUCUUUGAUUUUCUUUUCUUAAGAACUUGUUAUUUCCGCUCCAUUCCCAAGCAUAAGUCUCCAAAGGUCGAGCAGCGGAGUGUGAAUGUAACUCGUUCACCUAAAAAACACAAAACAAACAGAAAUUAGUUAGCCGAGCUACGGUAGCUCUGAUUCUGCAAAACAGAUACGUAGGCAGCGGGGUAGGGCCCGUGCGAGCAUAACUCUUUCUUUUCCCUACAUUCUGCAUUCAUUUUAGUCCAGAUUAGCGCAUUUUGCUUACACACCCAUAGGUUUAGACACAGGCGUGGAUACCAUCGAGUACGAUGGGCGCGUCGGGUGCUAACACCUUCCCCUCGCGUAACCGACUCCCUUACCCUUUUUCUCUGGUCGUGAGACCGUUGUUUUGUUUUGUGGUUUGCUGGCAUUCCCUUCCUUUUCAGGAUAAAUAUGUUAGUGGCGACUCUGUCAAUUUUCGCGGGUAGCGACAGCGCGAUAAUGCUAUUAGAGAUUUGAGAAGAUCGGGACUAAAAUCAUGUGUGUAAGGAUGAGAAAAUUGUUCGUAAUCAUAAGGUUAAGGUAUUAUAAAUUUAAGUUUGGGUUGAAUGUGAGUUAAGUAAAAGUUAGGUUGUAACAUAAUGCGGUUUGAUUCGCUUUUGUUCGGUUUACAAAAUACAAACCGCAAACCAAACCGAACCGUGCGGUUUUGUUAAAAGAUGACCCAAACUAAUCCGAACUAAAUGCGGUUUUUUAUGGUUUCGAUUUGGUUUCGUAUGGUUUGCGGUUUUCUAUUGGGUUGGUUUGGUUUUGAUCACCCCUACUGAAAAUUAUGUUUAGAACUUGAAUAGUUGUAGUAAACAUAAUUCUAUUUUCGACACAAUUAGGCAGCAACCUAUACAUAUUUGUGGUGUUUUUUAUGCUUAUUAUUAAAUAAUUCUUACUAUAGCAUAAAUAUGCGAUGAAUGGUUCAGAAUGACAACACUUUCACACUUUUUUAAAUAAUUGGCAAUGGCAAUGGCAGCCUAUCCUAUUACUCCCUCCGUCCCAUAAAGAGUGAUCCAUUUGGAAUAAAUUGGUGUCCCAAAAUGAAUGAUCCAUUUCAAUUUCCAAUAUACUUUUUUCAAUUUUACCCUCUAAUUAAUAAAAGUUUCAUCAUUUCCAAUACAUAAUAAGAGUAUUAAAGUAAAAAUAUUAUUCUCUCUUUAACUUUUAACUACUUUUCUUAAUUUGCGUGAAAUAGUGGACUGACUCACUCAUUGUGGGAUGGAGGGAGUAAUGAAUAUGAUUAAUGAUUGCACAAUUAGACUAAUCAUAGGCCAGUAACAACUGUGAUUUGCUUUGGGUUUUGGAGAGGUAUGCAAUGUCAUCAUGACAUUCAAGUAGAGUAUUUUCUAGAAAUCAAAAAAUGUAUUAUAUGUAGAUUUACAAAAUACUAGAGUGCAUUGAGUUCUUUAAGUUGCAUGUGAUUUUAUAGUACUCUCCUCGUUCCACAAUAAGUGAUUCAUUUGAAAUAAAAUGAUAUCUCAAAAUGAAUAUUCAAUUUCAAUUUUCAAUACAAUUUUUUCAACUUUACCCUCUAAUAAAUAAAAAUUUCAUCAUUCUCAAUACAUAAUAAGGGUAGUAAAAAUAUUUCUCUCUCUUACUUUUAUUCACUUUUCUUAAUCUGCGUGAAAGUGUGCGUUGAGUCACUCAUUGUGGGACAUAGAGAGUAUUACCUAGGUAGGCUAGUCUGCUAUAUCUUUUUUUCUUCUGUUUUUGUUCAACGAUUAAUAAGGUUCUAAAGCUAGUAUAAAUUAUAAAAAUCAAUCCAAAAUUGUGAUUAGCUGAUAUAACAUUGAAUAGCAAGUGUUAAUUAGUCUAAACAUAUUAUUGUCAAUACCAUUGAAUAUGACAUUCAAGACUUUGUCGUUGUCAAGAGCUUCUUUAUUUUCAGCUUUGGACCAAUCAACUUCAAACUUUAAGAUUGUAGAACCAUCUUGAGAAGUGAUCACACGAUGUUUCCAACCUUUAACCACAAACUUCCAGGCAUUGCAACCUAUGGAUUUUAAGAAAGCAACCACCAGGACUUUCCAAUAGUCAUGAUUUGUGUCAUCCAAAACAGAUGGCCUGAUUGGGAAAAUAGCAAGUGUACUAUUUUGUCUAUGGUGUAAUAAAGAGGAAAUUCCCUGAAUGUCGAUCUUAAGGACUGCGUAUAAAUAUUGAGUCCGAAUUAUUGUUUAGUUAAACAAAAACUAAGGUUUGGGUUUGUUUGGUUAAAUUGUAAUAAUAGUGACACAUAAAACUAUAAUUCAAUAUUGCAACAACUUAUUUUACAUAAUCAAUUAUCGGGUCGUAUGAAUGUUUACUCCUAUUUCAAUAGUGAGAAAACCUUUAAUCAUUCCUCCUAAGCCUUAAAAUCGAAGAAACUUAUCGAUAAAAUUAAGAAUUAUUAAAUCAAGAAAAAUCUGGUUCCUAUAGAUAUCCCUAGUCCUAGGUGGUAUCUACUACAUGAUGCUCUCAACAAAGCAUUACCAACGGUGAUCCAACCUAAUUAAUAAUCAUAUAUCAAUCUCAAUUUGUCCGAAAGAGAAAGCGUUAAGAAUAUCAAGAGAACAAAAUGAUAAUGAAAAAUACAUUGUUAUUGCAAAUAUAAAAUCAAAUUUGUUUACAUAGUCAAAUCAGGAACUCCCUAGCAUUGGGGAUUUUAGCUACUCAUAACAUUCAAAGAAAAUAAAAGAUAAAAAUUAUACAUUACGAGGAUCGGGAUAAACUUGGAUCGUCAAUUGCUUCUGCUCAUGAAAAUCUUCCGCUCUCCAAAAACCUUGUUUUCUCCAAUCUUGAAUCAUGUAAUUCUUCUCUUUCCAAAAAUUCCUCAAUUCAUCGUAAAAGUUCUCUUAAAUAAUGAAAAAUCCACUGACACUGGAUGGAAAUGCCCAAAACACCCUCGCAGCUCGACACUUAGACCAAAAACAAGAGAAUAGGAGAAUCAACGUUUUGAGCUGACAUGGCUUGUGUCAGGUGACACGGGUGGCCGUGUUGCUCUUCUGAGUUUUCCAUUUUUUUACUCCAAGCCCUAGACCCUGUAACACGGCCUAUGUCAACAGACACGGGUGACCGUGUUGCUCUACGGGUAUCUUAGCUUUAUGCAAACUUGAAUCAUCCAUCAUCCUGCAAUGGUCCGUGUCAGACACGGCCGUAGCAGGCCUCCUUAGCUUGAGUUAACUUCCUCCAAAAUUUUAGAUUUUUUCAGUUUUUCCGCACCAAGUCCUUUGAGUCCCUGACUUGACUUGAAAACAAUUAGAUAAACACUGCCAAAGCAUAAAAUGCGAAAAUUAUCAAUAAAGCUUAUGAAACACACAAACGAGAGAAAACGGACGGUUGGUACAAAUUGUUUAUAAAAAAAAAAAGAAAAAAAAGAAUAUAAUCAUUUUUUUAUAUUCCUUUUAAUUACAGUGAAAACACGUAAUCAUGUAAUACAAUUUUGUUUUGUUAAUAUUUUUUAAUUUCAAUUUUAUCAAUUAAAUUAAAUUAUUUUAAAUUAUAAAAUAUUGUGGAACCAUACCUUAAUGUUCUAAGCAAUGGUUAUUUUUAAAACAAUACGUAAGAACACAAAACUAAAGUGAAUCGCGAAGUGAAGGAUUCGUUUUUAAAAAGCAUCUCAUGAUUUCAGUCUGAUAUCCUUUUCAUUUUUGCAAUGUCGUUUUCUAAUUUCAGGUGUCUUCUUUUCUCUCUUUUCAUUCCCAAUUUUCAUCACUCAAACCCUAAAUUCAUUCCUAAUUUUCCAUUUACAAACUCAACAAGAAGGUUGUACUCUCGAUCACAUGAUGACGGAGAAGACAAAGACACUCUCGUUUCCUCAUUCAAUCGUUUGCUCCAUCAAAAUCCUACUCCGCCCAUCAUCCAAUUUAAUAAAAUUUUAGGUUCCCUUGUCAAGGCUAGCCAUUACUCCACUGCCGCUUCGCUUCAUCGACAAAUGGAACUAAUGGGACUCCCAUCAAACUUAGUCACUUUGAGCAUCUUGAUCAAUUGCUUUUGUCAAUUGGGUCAUUACUCUCUUUCUUUUUCUGUAUUUGCCACCAUUCUUAAGAAGGGUUUUCACCCAAAUGCCAUUACUUUGACUACAAUCAUCAAGGGUCUCUGUCUCAAAGGUCAAGUCCAUCAAGCGUUGCACUUUCAUGAUAAGGUGGUAGCGCUUGGAUUUCAAUUGAACCACGUUAGUUAUGGGACAUUAAUCAAUGGGUUAUGUAAAGUUGGAGAAACACGAGCAGCCCUGCAAUUACUUAGACAAGUUGACGGGAAAUUGGUUCAACUUAACGUGGUAAUGUAUAGUACAAUUAUUGAUAGUCUGUGCAAAGAUAAACUUGUUAACGAUGCUUUUGAUUUAUAUUUUGAAAUGAUUGCUAGAAGACUUUCUCCUAAUGUUGUCACUUACACUGCUUUAAUUAAUGGCUUUUGCAUUGUCGGUAAAUUGAAAGAGGCAAUUGCUUUCUUUAAUAACAUGAUAUUGGAAAACAUCAAGUCGGAUGUAUAUACAUUUAAUGUAUUGGUUGAUGCAUUUUGUAAGGAAGGAAAAGUGAAAGAAGCCAAAAAUGUGUUUGCUAUGAUGAUGAAAAAAGACAUAAAACCUAACAUUGUUACUUAUAACUCUUUAAUGGAUGGAUAUUGCCUAGUGAAAGAAGUGAAUAAGGCCAUGGAUAUAUUCAACACUAUGACCCAGAGAGGAGUAAGUGUAGAUGUUCGGAGCUAUAAUAUCAUAAUUAAUGGAUUGUGUAAGAUUCGAAUGGUGGAUGAAGCCAUGAAUCUAUUUGAACAGAUGCAUUGUAGAAACAUUAUUCCUAAUGUGGUAACUUACAAUUCCCUUGUUGAUGGUUUGAACAAAUCAGGGAAAAUCUCAUAUGCUUUAACGUUUGUCGAUGAGAUGCAUGAUAGAGGUCAACCUCCUGAUAUAAUUACUUACAAUUCAUUAUUGGAUGCUUUAUGCAAAAAUCAUCAUGUUGAAGAGGCAAUUGCAUUGUUAAGAAAAUUUAAAGACCAGGGUAUUCAACCAAAUUUGUAUACAUAUAGUCUUCUUAUUAAGGGACUGUGCCAAAGUGGAAGGCUUAAGAAUGCACAAGAGGUUUUUCAAAAUCUUUUAAUUAAAGGCUAUAAUCUAGAUGUCUAUACUUAUACCGUUAUGAUCCAAGGGUUGUGUGACAAGGGUUUGUUUGAUGAGGCGUUGGCGUUGCUGUCAAAAAUGAAAGACGGUGUCUGCGUUCCUAAUGCUGUAACUUAUGAUAUAAUCAUCCGUUCGCUGUUUGAUAAAGGUGAAAAUGAAAAGGCAGAGAAACUUCUUCGUGAAAUGAUUGCAAGAGGUCUACUGGAACAUGGGAACUAGAUAUUGGCAUUAAAUCAAGCAACCUUAAUAAUGAAACAUAGGGAUCAAACAGCAACAGAUAUUUAGUGUCAAAGAAGAGAGUUUCAGCAACAUAUUUUGUGGCAUUGAUGAUCAAUCUAAGCUAUGGCCAUGGUCGGAGCAAAAACACUUCAAGUUAACAAAUACUUGGCUAGUUGAGCAUAAGUCAAGGGCUAAUAAACUAUCAGAUGUACAAAACAAGUAAUUUUAUUUCUGUUUUACUCUGAGAUUUCGGAGAGAAGUAUUGAUUAUUGAGCUUGGGCACUAGAAAGGUCUUGCGCUUGUUUGGUCGCUAAAAAUUAUGUUUAGAACUCAAAACUUGAUUAGUUGUAGUAAGCAUUAUUCUAUUUUCGACACAAUUAGGCAGCAGCCUAUACAUAUAUGUGGUGUUUUUUAUGCUCAUUAUUAAAUACUAAUUCAUACUAUAGCAUAAAUUUGCGAUGAAUGGUUCAGAAUGACAACACUUUCACACUUUUUUAAACAAUUGGCAAUGGCAAUGGCAAUGGCAGCGGCAGCAUAUCCUAUUAAUGAAUAUGAUUAAUGAUUGCACAUUUAGACUAAUCAUAGGCCAGCAACAACUGUGAUAUGCUUUGGGUUUUGGAGAGGUAUGCAAUGUCAUCAUGACAUUCAAUUGGAGUACUUCUUAGAAAUCACUAAAUGUAUUAUAUGUAGAUUUACAAAAUAUCGGAGUGCAUUGAGUUCUCUAAGUUGCAUGUUAUUUUAUAGUAUUCAC